UAUAUAUGAUGGAAAAUCUCGUUUCUAAUUGGUUUGAUGGUGGUAUUCUGCCUGAUUCUUAUGUGUUACCACCAGAAAAAAGGCCUGGUAAGCUUAUUUUUCCUGUAGCCAAGAUGAUUCCAGUGAUUGAUUUUGAAAAUCAUGAUCGACGUAGUACGAUUCACCAAAUUUUGGAAGCUUGUCAAGACUAUGGAUUGUUUCAGGUGGUUAACCAUGGAGUUCCGAGAGAUUUAAUGGAUGAAACAAUGAAUGUGAUGAAGAAGUUUCACGAAAUGCCUACCAAAGACAAGGCUAGUGAAUGCUCCAAGGACCCAGAAAGGAGCUGUAGGUUCUAUACAAGCAGUGAAAAUUACACUUCUGAAAAAGUUCACUAUUGGAGAGAUGCAGUAAUCCACCAUUGUGACCCCCUAGACGAUUACAUGCAAUUUUGGCCUGAAAAUCCAACUGCAUAUAGAGAGGUUGUUGGGCAAUUUACAAUAGCAGUAAGAAAGUUGGCUUCCCUAAUUUUGGAUUUAAUUGGUGAAGGUUUGGGAUUUAAUCCCGGACAUUUUGGCGGUGAAUAUAGCAAGAAACCCAUGCUCUUGGUUAAUCACUACCCACCAUGCCCAGACCCAAGUUUGACGUUGGGAUUGGCUAAACACUGUGAUCCUAGUGUUAUAACCAUUAUUCUACAAGGGGAUGUACCAGGACUUCAAGUUUUCUAUGAUGAAGAAUGGUUUGUGGUUGAACCUCUUGCUCAUGCAUUUGUGGUUAACCUUGGCUAUAUUUUACAGAUAAUGAGCAAUGGAAAGUUGAAAGGAGCUGUACACCGAGUAGUGACAAGUUCAACUGUUGCUCGAACAACUGCAUCGUUGUUCAUAUAUCCUUCAGAAGACAGUGUUAUAGAGCCCCAAACAGCUCUGGUUAAUGCCUCCAAUCCUCCUCUCUAUAGAGCUUUUCUUUACAAACACUUCAGUACCAAAUAUAUAUCUGCUACAGCCGAUGCCAAAACAGUAGAGCAAUUCAUACUCAAGACAAGUACGGAUGAUCAUGAUGGCCAUGGUGAUGUCGAUGAUAAUUUAGAUCUGACUAAAUAAAUGCUUCAUGCAUGAGCAUUUUAGCUUAUUAUGAUCAAUACUGAAAUUAAUGUAUGAAAUAAAAUUAAUUUAAUUUGGAUUGCGCCCUUAUGUUUGUUUAAUAAUUUGUUAAAAAUACACUUAUAAUUUCCGGUUUACGUUUUAGAAUUUCUUGA